AUGAAGAUCGCUCUUCUUGCCAACCCUGCUCGCGGUGAGAUCAAUGUCUUGCUUGCUACCGCCUACGAGCUCAUUCGACUUGGUCACGACUGCACUUUCCUUACCGGCACCUCCUUCCGCAAUGCUGUCGCCGAGUUCAGGCAAGAGCAGAAUGACCCAGUCUUGGCAGCACGAAUCCACUUUUCCGACUUGGGUUCUGACAGAGCAGUAGAAGAUUUUACACGAGGCAUGCAGUCCCAUAUGAAGGGCUUGAGGAAGUCUCCAGGUGACUACAGCAGCAUGGAGCUCUGCCAGAUCGUUGCCCUCGUCACAGAGCAAGAGUUUCGCGAUGCGGCCACGCUCGUUCGUGACCGGCUGCUUGAGCUUGAUCCCGACAUGAUUGCCGCCGAUGCCCUUUCCCCUACCCUAGUUACCGGUGUCCGAAUGACUGGCCUUCCAUGGAUGUUCACUGUUCCUUGCUCACCAUCCCUCACUGCUACUCGCAAAAGCCUGUUUGACCCUCAUCCUAUGGGCAAGAGGAGAUCAAGGACCAUCUCGUCGGCUCUAGAGAAUCUCAAGCUCACCAUCAUCGAGACCUACGGCAACGCAACCAAGAAGGACCUGUAUGCACGCCGUGCUCUCCUCAAGAAGGAGUUCGGUCUCAACUCGAUGGGCUUCAACGCCGACAGUGCCAUUGUCCCCCCUCUCUGGAAGGACCGCAACUGUGUUGGAGGCAUCCACUUCAACACACCUGGUCUCUGGGACUCGAUCCGACAGCCCCAUCAGAUCACCUUCGUUGGUGCCGGCGUCACUAGCGAUCCAGAGAACCACGAUACUGCUACUCACGACCUCAUCAGCCUCUCCAGCCCACUCAGCGCCUCUUCUUCCACCACCUUCAACUCGACAUCAUCUCCACUACCCAAGAGUGGGGAGCGUGAUCUGGAUGUCGAAUGGAUGGGCGCUGCUCACGCUGCAGGUCAAUCGGUCGUCUACCUCAACAUGGGAAGUAUGUUCCUGUGGACAGAUGCCGAAGUACAAACCAUCCUCCGCGCUUUCGAGCGUCUCUACCACCAGAGCGGCGGUAGGGUCAAGCUCCUUUUCAAGCUCAACAAGCCAAAGUGUGGGCCCAACAGCCCAGGCGCAGCCUCGCCCCUCAACAGCCCUACUUAUCUGGACAAGAAGCGACCCACCUUGGACUCAAGGCGACCUAGUGGUGCUUCUACCCUUGUAGCUGAGAAACUCAGUGAGGCAAUCAAGAACAACAUCAUGCUUCGACGCAAGUCUGAUGCAGAGAAGGGCUACUCUCAAUUCACCUUGUCUGAGUUCGAGGGUCUCGAGUUCGUGCGCGUCACUCGAUGGGUCCACGACCAGCGCCGCAUCUACAAGCAUCCUGCUCUCAAGGUGGUCAUCCACCACGGCGGCGGCAACUCGUUCAACGAAGCUGUCCACUACGGUCUGCCUCAGAUGAUCCUGUCGCAAUGGUUUGACACGCACGAGUACGCCAUCUUGGCGGAACGAUUUGGCAUUGGUCUUCGAAGCAAGUACGCUCCCCGCGUCGACGAGGAGGACAUGGUGCGAAAGAUGAAGCGCUUGCUUCAGGGUGAGGAGGCAGACAAGAUCCGACGCAAUGCCAAGGUCUGGUCGACACGGAGUCGCAAUGCUGGCGGAGCACCUGCCGCUGCUCGUGUGCUCGAGACACAGGCCAUGCUCUUCCUCCAGCAGAAGCAGGCCAAGCUUACAGCAUCCAUCAACGAAAAGGCUGCCAGCGGCAGCAGCUUUGACAGUCUCACUGGUCGCACUUUAGGCGACCUCCCGAGUGAGGCCGGUCUGACGCCUAACCUGCUGUCCAGCGCUGCAUACACUGUCACCACCCACUAA